AAAUAUUUCUCAAAACUCUUAAAGUCUGAGCUGUCCUUAUCUAGAAGAACUAGACUAGGAUUGUUGUCUAAAAUUUGAUUAGAACUUGAAAUUAUAAAUAAAUUCGGAAUGAAAACGAAGCCAGAAAUACCUUCCAAGGAAGUCAAGGAAGAGUAUUUUAAACAACUAGAGCAGUGGCUUCGUCGACAACAAGUUAUUCAACAUGCCAAUGCAUGUUUUCCAUACUAUUUGGCUGCGAACUAUCCCAAUUACUUUACCGUGAAUGGCUUGAAUAUCGAUGGAACUGUCCCUACCCCAACGCAACCGAAUGCUGCUGAACCAAACCCAAAUCUAAAUUCAACAACUGCGUCUCCAACUUCAAGCUCAGAUCGAACAAGAUUGAACGUUAAUCCAAACACUACUCCCAAUCAAGAAGAGGGCUAUGAGUUUGUGGUUGCACCACUGUGGAAGCGAUUUGUCGCCGAAAUGAUAGACGUCUCUAUUCUCUUGCUCCUAAAAGUGGCACUCACUUUCACGUUUUUGAAUGUUUUCGACUUGGAUUUAAGUUACGAAUUCGACAGCGAUUACUUGCGGAGGUCUGUGAACGAGAAUGAAACAAAAUUCCUGAGCAUAUCAGACUUGCUAUCACUAUCCUCUGAUCUUGUAGCUCUGGAAAUUCUUAUGAAGGUUUUUGUCUGCCUCUAUGAAGCCGUAUGGACGAUGAAUGGACGUGUAAUUGUUGGUGGGGCAACACCAGGAAAACUCCUACUUCGACUGAGAAUUGUCUAUGUGGAAAUGCUUACAGUCCGCUUAGAUGAACCAGACUUUAAUGGAAACGGUCCGAUACGUGCCGUUAUGUACCCAGCAUCGAAUCCAGGUUUUCGAAGAGCUUUCUUCCGUGCAAUAGCAAAAAACUUGGUUUUAGCUCUGUUGUUUCCGGUUUGUUUUGUUUUCUUGUUCUUGAAGAACAAUCGAACGUUCUACGAUGUCAUGACCAAAACUGUUGUCGUAGAGGAGAACCCAUCACCUCAACGGAGAAGUCGUUAAAAUGGCAAUUCUUCUAAAUUUAAGCAUAAACCAUGUAAAUUAUUUCUUUCUUUUGUUUGAUUUUACUGCGACAUGAAAACAAAUGACGUCCUGCGUAUUUCCCUUUUAUUUAAAAUUACCAAAAUUAAAAUAAAUUACUCUCACAUUCUUA